CGCCAGAGCAUCGCCAUGCAGACCUCUCUCUCCUCUCCUCUCCUCUCCUGUCAACUAAACAUGGACAACAAGAAGACCGCACCUCCUAGUAAACUAGGGUUUAACAGAGGAACCUGGACUGCUGCCGAAGACAAGAUCCUGCUGGACUAUGUGACAGCUCACGGCGUAGGCAAGUGGGGGAAGGCCUCCAAAACUUCAGGCCUGAAUCGGUGCUCGAGAAGCUGCCGGCAUCGAUGGCUGAACUACCUCCGGCCGGACAUCAAGAGGGGGAGCAUAUCGGAAGAGGAAGAGGACCUCAUCGUCAGGCUCCAUAAACUCUUGGGAAACAGGUGGUCUUUGAUAGCUAGGCGAUUGCCCGGUCGAACAGAUAAUGUAAUUAAAAAUUUUUGGAACACCGUGAUGAAGAAGAAGCUCAAAGUCAAGUCGGGCACGAGCACGACCGAGUGCCAGAGCUCAACUUGCAAAAGUGAGUCGACUCCUUUAAGUGAGCAUGGCGGUGGAAGGGAGCACUGCGCAAAAGAAGUCCUGAUAAAUGAAGACAAGACACUAGAUGCUUCUUUCACACAUUCGUUGGAACAUCACGAUGUUUUAGAGAAACUAGCGAGCUUUGAUGCCGACGAACUCUGGCCGCAGAGAGAUGUUUUUGAAUUGGAAUUCUUCGAACAAGAUGCCGGAAUUUGGGGAGGUGCUGAUUCUCCGGUGACUUUUGGUGGUGAUUUGUUCAUGUAGCCAUGUGCAAUCUCGUAUCCUCAAGCAUGAUCAUGAAUUCUAAAUCGAAAUUCUAGCAACUUUAUCUAC